AAAGUCUUUCUCAUCCAAUACGGUGAGCGCUGUGGUCGAUUUAGGAAAGGCAAGUCCUUCAAUCCCACAUCACACAACCAUUCUGAAUGGGCCUCUUUCUCCUUCGUCACUACUCUAAUCAUCAAAGUCUCUGCUCCACUUAAUUUAGAUCUGUGAUAAAUGCUCGAAAUAUUGGCGCUUCUUCCACCUUUGCGCAGGCAUGAGGAUAUCACUUCGGCAAUUCUCCCAGAUCCGGAAACCUAAAUUUCAAUAUAAAAAUCUUGAGUACCAUUCAUCCCAUGCCUCACUUAACUCAGAGCGGUAGGGAACAGCUUCUCCUUGUCAUAAAGUUGCUACAGAUCGGUGCCUCUUCCAAUUUAAGCAUUUGCAGCAGGGUUUCAAAAUAUAAGAGAAGCAGUGGAAUGGAUUUUUAUGUUAUUUCUUUGUUUUGUGAGCACGUGAACCAGAUUUUUGCACAAAAUACAAAUCUACUUGUUGGAGUUGAGGAAAGAGUGAGAUUGUUUCAUGCUGAUGUCAGACUGUUAGAUUCCUGGUUCAGGGAUCGUGAAGUUAGCAAGGAAGACAAGACAUCGACCAAGUUUGUCAUUUUCAAUAUCACAAAAUUAAUGAAUGAUGCAGAGGAUACAAUUGACAAGGUUGUCAUUAGUAAAAUAAAGGUACAGAUGAGCAGUGGGGUAAGCAAGCUUCUGCAUCGUACUUACCAUGAUGCGGUGCUUCGUGAAGCCUCUAUCAAGUUAAAGCACAUCAAGAAUGAGGUCGAAAUUAACGUUCAGAAAGUCAAGUAUUUUCUUCGCCUAAGUCCAAGGAAGAAGAAAUUUGAAACUGAGAUUAGCAAAUUAAUUGGGACAGAUAAGCUCUAUAAGGGUAAAAGGAAGGCUCGUGAAUUUGUAACUCCUUUUGAAAUUAGUGAGAACUAUGGUGGAGAUUCAUCCAUUAUUCAGUAUGACAUUGAUGAAAGCGAGGAAAUGCUUUCAGGGAUAUGGUUCAAAAACUAUACUGAAGGCCAAGGUUCAUCCAAGAGUGGGGGACCUGAUUGGGAGAGGUUUUACCAACUUGUGAUGCAGGACUUGAAAAGCCACGUGCUGAUUUUGAAGAAUCUUUUAGGAGAAAAAGAAGUUCUCGAAAAGGCAGAUAUAUUAGACUCAUAUAUCUCUGAGCUCGAAAGGAUUUAUGCUUUUCUUGAAAUCUCUAACGAGCCAGAGAACAAAAGUGAAGUCAGGAUUAUAUUUUUUAUCCAAAUUAUGGACUUAAUUUUCAAGGAAAAGAUUGAAGUUAACUCCUUGUUCAAGAAUAUUAAGAAGCAAUCGACGGGACUGGGGAAAUUAAAGUAUAUCCAUCAACGUCAAUGUGCAGCAAUGCUGAAUCAGGCCUUCAGAAAAAUAAAUAGCAUUAUAAAUGAGAUUAAUGGGAGAAUAGACAACUACAAGAAUUAUAUGGGCAGAUUGGAGGAUGAAAUUGCGGAAAUCCGUAGACCUUUGCUUGAUCAGUCUCAUAUGGAUGAUAUUAAUAUUGUGGGCUUGGACAAUGAGGCUAGUAAACUAGUAAAGCAGCUCACAUCCGGAAAUUCACAGCUGGAUUUGAUUUCAAUUGUUGGAAUGGAAGGCAUAGGCAAGACUACUCUUGCCUGGAAAAUUUACAAUGAUCAAUCUAUUAAAAAGAAUUUCGAUGUGAGUGCUUGGGUUGAUGUAUCGCGGGAAAUCAGCUCUGAUCAGUAUCUGUUGGAAUGCAUAGCAAAAUGUAUCAUGCCAGGCAAUAACCAGGAAUUGCUUAGAAUGCCCGAGGAUGAGCUCACGAAGACGCUGUAUGAACAGUUACAAAAGCAGAGGUAUCUGAUAGUCAUGGAUGAUUUAUAUUCAGUGGAAGCAUGGGAUUACGUAAAACGUGUUAUUCCAGACAAUAUGAAUGGGAGCAGAAUAUUGGUCACGACACGUCUUCAACAAGUAGCUUCUUAUGUAAGCAAGGGUCCUCUGUAUUUUCUGCAUCCUCUCAGUAAUGCAGAUAGCUGGAAACUUCUAUCUGAUCUGGCCUUUAGAGGAUCAGAAUGUCCUUCGACACUAGAGGAAAUUGGAUCACAAAUUGCAAGAAAUUGCCAUGGAGUACCCCUUGCAAUUGUGAUCGUAGGGAAUUUAUUGGCAGGUGAAGAGACUUGCGCACGUUACAGCUGGGUGUAUAAUAAUACACCUAAAUGUGUAAUUGAGGGUAGUGAGAGAACAUUUAUGACUUCGACCUUCAAUUCCUUGCCCCGUGAGUUGAGAUUAUGCUUUCUUUAUUUCGGAAUGUUCCCAGAACAUUAUGAGAUCUCUGCCAAGCAAUUAAUUCAGUUGUGGAUUGCCGAGGGAUUUGUUCAUGAAACGGACAGUGUAGACAUAGAGAAUGUUGGGGAAAGUUACUUGGAGGAGCUCAUCAAUUUGGGCUUGGUCCAGGUGGUUGCGAGGAGGACAGAUGAUGGAGUGAAAACAUGCUGUGUACUGGGUCUUUUGCGAGAAUUCUGCAUUUGGCAGGGUGAUGAGAUUUAUAACUUUUUUAAGACCACCUUCAACAGAGAACAUAUGUUUUGGAGGCAGACACGAAGACUUGCCAUCAGCGAAACGGUUCCCGAGAAUUUUUCUGACUACCUAGAUCAUGUUUCUUCUACCAUUCGCUCUUUUCAAUUGUAUGGCACUAGAAGUUCUCUAUCCACGACGCAGCAGCACUUAAUUAUCCGGAAGUUAAAGAUGCUGAUGGUGUUAAAUCUAGGUUCUCUUGUAGUGCUCCAACUUCCUCGUGCACUUUGGGAGCUUCAUAAUCUGAGGUACUUGCGGAUUAACGCUCCAAAACUCCAACACAUUCCGUUCUCCAUAUGUGGGCUUUAUAAUUUGCAAACGUUAGACAUGAGAGAAUCUUGUAUACACCAGCUACCAGGUGGGGUUUGGAAGAUGCAAUGGCUUCGACAUCUUCACUUCAAAGAACUGAGAAUUAAACCUGGCCCAGGUAGUAGGAAUAGUACUCUCUGCCCUCUCAAAUCAUUGUCAGGUUUAUAUGCCGACAGAGCAGCCAGGCGUUUUAUGGUGAAGGCCAAAUUUGGUAAUGUUAAGAAAAUAGGAUUCGGUGGCCCUUCCAGAGAGGUAACAUCAGAAUUUUUGCGAAGUCUUGACCAUCUGAACCACCUUCAGACAUUGAAGGUAGUGUCACCUGUUGAUCUUCCAGAUUCAAUUGUAUUCCCAUUGACCCUCACCAAGGUUACUUUGCAAAAAACUGAGCUCCAAUCUGUUGAUAUCCAAACCCUGGAAAAGCUUCCAAACCUUGUGAUACUUAAACUACAACAACAUUCUGUCACUGGACAGCAUCUUUGUUUCAAUGGUGGUUUCCCUAAGCUCCGAGUCCUGCAUAUGGUGAAAUUGGAUGCCAAAUAUUGUAGAGUUGGGAGUGGUGCAAUGUGCAGUCUUCAGUGUUUGCUCAUCAAAGGGUGCACUGACUUAACGAUGUCUUCUGAUGAUUUGUGUCGCCUCACAAGCCUGAAAAAUGUAGAAGUAGUAAGUCCCUCAACAGAUUUGAGAAACAUGCUCAGUCAGUUGGAGCCCAGUGAUUGCUUUACAGUCUUAUUGACGGAUUCUGUUCAUCGUUAGCAAUACUAAUGUUUUAUUCAAAUUACAUGGUCAAGUCUGUCUAGUUCUGUCAGACUUGUCAUCCUGAAGAGCCGGUGCUAUGCUAGGCAAUUAGAGGGAGAAUCUAAUAUCCUAAAUUACUUCCCGUGUCAUGUUUGGCUAACCUGUCCGCGGCGUCAUUCCAUUCUCCAUGUAUAUGAACUACUGAGCAAUCCCAACUAACAAGAAUCAGAUUCUUGCAUUCAGAGGUAAGGCCUAGCGAGGGAUGAGUUGGACAAUACUCCCCUUGAAUGAGAGACGGAAGAGCAAAAUCAGCUUAUACCAUUAGCCAGGAAAUACCUUGGUCCCAAGCAAGCUUUAAGCCAUAAACGCUGAUAAGCCCUCCAGCACCAAGAGCACUUCCUGGCUCCACACAUCAGGAGGGGCAGGAGACCAAUCUUGAGCAUGAGCAUGAGUCUCUCCACUGCAAGCAUUACAUACCCCACAAGACGCAUCAUCAGUCAUAUGCCUCCUCACCGCCGCUCAUUUGUAAGGAGUGUUUAUCUUGAACACCAAUCCAGAGAAAAGUUUCAACCCUUGGUCUAAUUUUGAGGUUCCACAAAAGCCCCAAAUGUAGUCCUCCAACUCAUCAGGAAACUUGAGCAUGCAUUGGUUCCAUCAUGUACUUUCAAUUGCAACCCUUCCUUCAAAGUUUCAAAUUGGGAAGCAACACUCAUUUUACUUUCUUUAGCAACCAAACAUUUCCAGUUUUGAGAUAUUUAUUUCUAUAUAUUCCAGUCCA